GCGGGUCCUGCGGAAGGAUUAAACCCAGUCUUCCUUCUCCGUGCCCCGGAGUUGAGGUGGAGAGCAGAAUCGAGACAGAUUAUGAAUGUAAGCCUAACCCCACCCAAAUCAAGAAGUAACACGUUAUCUGUGUCCCAGAAGUCUGCCUUGUGGCCCCUCCCUAGCGGUCAGCCCUGUCCUGAUUUCUACCAUCACAGAACCAGCAAACAUUCCAGUAUGUUCUCUGCCAAAGGGGAGGGACUCUGCAAUUUUGUCAAGAUGAUGCUACGACAAUGAGAUGGAACAUUCCACCUCCAGUUAUUAGUUACCUGGCAUAUUUCACAAAACUGAUCAACUUUGCAUGGCAUGGUAAGAGUUCUUGGUUGACCCGGGGUGCAGGGCACAGUGCUGGUACCACCUCUGGAGAGGACCCGGGAAGGUCAGAGCUUCCUUGUUUAGGGGCCAGAUGUUUGCUAUGUAAAGAAACUUCUGCUGCAGCAGAGGAUGAGGAAGAAGAUGAAAUUGAAAUGGAAGUUGAAGACCAGGAUAGCAAAGAACCCAAGAGACCAAACAUCAUAAAUUUUGACACUAGUCUUCCGACAUCACAUACAUAUCUGGGCUCUGAUAUGGAGGAAUUUCAUGGCAGGACUUUGCACGAUGACGACAGCUGUCCGGUGAUUCCAGUUCUGCCCCAGGUGCUGAUGAUCCUGAUUCCCGGGCAGACCUUACCUCUUCAGCUUUUCAGUCCCCAAGAAGUCAGUAUGGUGCGGAAUUUAAUUCAGAAGGACAGAACCUUUGCGGUGCUUGCAUACAGUAAUGUACAGGAAAGGGAAGCACAGUUUGGAACAACAGCAGAGAUAUAUGCCUAUCGAGAAGAACAGGAUUUUGGAAUUGAGAUCGUGAAAGUGAAAGCAAUCGGAAGACAAAGAUUCAAAGUCCUUGAGCUCAGGACACAGUCAGACGGAAUCCAGCAAGCUAAAGUGCAAAUUCUUCCUGAGUGUGUGUUGCCUUCAACCAUGUCUGCAGUUCAGUUAGAAUCCCUCAAUAAGUGCCAGAUGGUUCCUUCCAAACCUGUCUCCUGUGAAGACCAGUGUUCACAUAAAUGGUGGCAGAAAUACCAGAAGAGAAAGUUCCAUUGUGCAAAUUUGACUUCAUGGCCUCGCUGGCUGUAUUCCUUAUAUGAUGCUGAAACCUUAAUGGAGAGAAUCAAGAGACAGCUACACGAAUGGGAUGAAAAUCUGAAAGAGGAUUCUCUUCCUUCAAAUCCAAUAGAUUUUUCUUACAGAGUAGCUGCUUGUCUUCCUAUUGAUGAUGUAUUAAGAAUUCAGCUCCUUAAAAUUGGUAGUGCGAUCCAACGACUUCGCUGUGAACUGGACAUUAUGAAUAAAUGUACAUCUCUUUGCUGUAAACAAUGUCAAGAAACAGAAAUAACCACCAAAAAUGAAAUAUUCAGUUUAUCCUUAUGUGGGCCGAUGGCAGCUUACGUGAAUCCUCACGGAUACGUGCAUGAGACGCUUACCGUGUAUAAGGCCUGCAACUUGAAUCUGAUCGGCCGGCCUUCUACAGAGCACAGCUGGUUUCCUGGGUUCGCCUGGACCAUUGCCCAGUGCAGGAUCUGUGCAAGUCAUAUUGGAUGGAAAUUUACAGCCACCAAAAAAGACAUGUCACCUCAAAAAUUCUGGGGUUUGACUCGAUCUGCUCUGCUGCCCACGAUCCCAGACACUGAAGAUGACAUAAGCCCAGACAAAAUAAUACUCUGCUUAUAAACGAAUACGGUAGGGAUAAGGUUCCUUAGCAAAAUCGGUAUUCUAACAUCAGGUCUGCUUUGGAAAUUACUCCUUUUGAUGCAUACCGAAGUAAAAAGCGACAUUACAUGGAAGGUUGCAGUUUCCUAGUCAAACAACAGUAUUUGAAGAUUUAGACUAAAAUAUACUAUUGAAGAGGAUGAAAAGCAGUCUAGAAUAUGUGGUUUCGGGAGUUAUCUAUUUUAGGAGCUUGGUGCUCUUAUUCUGUGGGAUCUGACAGGACAUGAAGACAGCUGUAAAACAAACUGGUGAGAGUAUUUCCUGCAAAACAUACCUGAAAUUCCUAUAAAUUCUUAUAAUGUGAGGGUUCCUCACUUGAUCCUGAUCCAUGGAACAGAAUGGCACGUUUGUAUCAGUGCUCCAAACAGCAGAAGUUUCCAAAAGCUAGGGUGCCAAGCAAGCGCUAGUACUGUUCCUUUUUGAAAGAGGCAAGGCUGUAUUAUUUUAAAAGGGCUUUGUUCUUUCUGAUUUUCAUCAAUACUUUCAAAAUUUACAAAUCAGUAUCUCAGAGAAACUAAAGAGUUACCUAAUACACAGUUUGAGCCCCAACAUGUUUGUUAGUGAAAAUCGUAUUUUGUGUAUUUGCUCAGUGUUUGGUUAUUCUGUUCCAGUUUCAUUUGAACCUAAGACUACUGUGGAACACAGAUGCUAAAACACGUCCCCUUCCUCCAAGUGAGAUGUGCUAAUGUAUUUUAUAGGCUACUUUGUUCAAUGUAAACUAAAGAAACUCUGUAAGUAAACUGUAAGAGCAAAACUAAAUUAAACAUGUUCUUUUGUUUAAAUAAUGUAAAAUAUCUACUCAUAAGCAGAUAAUCUAGGUGUAAGAAAUAAUUCUUAAGGUAAAGUUCUAGACAGACUGAUUUGCCACCUACCUCUUUGCUUAUACAUUCAAGGGGUUUAUUGGAUACUUUUACAUUUGCGUAAUUUUGAUGUUCCUUCACUGCUUUACAUAUUCAUUGGGAGAAGUUCAGCUAAUCGGGUACAAUGGAUGUGGCCAAAACGGACUGUUAAAUUUCUCGUUUGAAUUUGUCAAUAUUUUCUUCUUCCAAACAUGCAAUGGUUUUGACUGCCUAGCCUGGAAUCGGCAACCGAGUAUCAUGUUGCACAUUUAUGUAAAGAGAGAGAGUAAAUGAAAAGCAACUCAAGAACGCUGUCGGUUUUUUAGCAUGUGCCCCUUCUGUAUUCGAUAUGCCUAACCUUUACUUUGUUAACCUUGGGUUUUUAAUGACUCUACUAUUUGUUCAUAUAGUCAGUCUUACACUGAACUAAAACGGCCUCUAAAGGGGAUUCCAGGGAGUUCUUUUCAGUAGCACGGCACAUCUCUUUAUAUCUAAACCAGGUGUAGUGAGGGAACAUUUUGGCCCCCUGAAGAGUGUAAUCUCAGAAUGUUCUAUAUUAUUUACUGACACUUGCAAAUAAAAUUUCCUGGUAUAUAAAAACACGCA